GGAAACUGGCCUCUGAAGGAGUACGGAGCUCUCGACUGAUUGUGAAGAACAUUGGUUCCUGCAUGGAUCUCUAAAUGAUUCCAGUAUUUUGCAGUUGGAGCUCUUUUGUCAAGAUCUGACCUACUAAACUGGAAAAAACCCAAUCCUCCAAGUUGAUCCACAAAAAAAGGUGGAAAUGUUCAUUAGUAUUAUUUUCAAACCACCGUCCAACAUGGGCUGAUGCACAGACGUGAGUGAUGAUUGUGUCCACAGUGGAGGAGCGGCACCUCGUCCCAGACAAAGCCCGGCACUCCUCUCUCGGUAUUUGGCUUCUUGAGGGAUGACCGGACAAGCCAGAGUUCAGUAACAUGGGACAAGCUAAAGGGCCUCCAGAGGCUAAAGAGGCAAAGCGGGACCCUCCCCUGCGGCAUCAGAGACAGCACUGCCCUGCUGACACCUUGUUUCAAAACGCUGACCUCCAGAACUGUGAGAACACAUUUCUGCUGUUUUAAGCCACCAGGCUUGUGAGAAUUUGUUGCAGAUCUAGGUCCUGAGCCUCAGCCCUCACAGGGCCCUGAGCCUUUUCCAGGCGUCUGACUUAAUCUGCCUCCGAAACUGGAUCUUUCUCUGGCGGGUCCUAAGUGAAGACCACUGCUGUACUGGUGACUGUGACCUUCCUGAGCGUCAGAACACCAUGUCCACCCAGAGGACAUACCCAGACGACGAUGUCAUCUGCUGGGUGUGCGGCCUCCUCCGCCUGCCGCAGCUCUUCUCCACCUGCAUGGCCUUCUCGCUUGUGGCCAACAUGGGCAUUUGGAGAGGGGUCGUAGGUAACUGGUCCAUGUCCUUCUGGUGCAUCUGUUUCACCAUGACCCUUAUCAUCUCCAUAGUCGAGUUAUACAGGCGCUGGUCCAGCUUUCCUUUCUUCUGGCACAACAUCUCUGUCACCUACGCCUGUUAUGCGGCCCUCAUCUGCCUCUUGGCUUCCAUCAUCUACUCCAUCACCCACGUCCAGUUCCUGCCUUACGGUCCUUACCGGGACAGGGCCAUCACCGCCACUGCUUUCUCCUGCAUUGCAUCUGUGCUGUAUGUCAUAGAAGUGGCCAAGAUAUGGGACUGGUAUGAUCUUGAGGAGAUCUUCUUCUAUGAGCACACCACGCGAGCCUUGCUGAAGGUGCUGGAGACCUUCGUGGCUGGUGUCAUCUUCACCUUCCUCAGCAGCACCUCCCUGUACCUGCACCAGCCGGCCCUGGAGUGGUGUGUGGCCGUGUACUCCAUCUGCUUCAUCCCGGCAGCUGUGGUCCUCCUGCUGGACCUGGCUGAAUGGAAAUACAUGCCGCCCAGGCCCUUCUCCAUUUUCCAGCUAGUGCUCAGCCUGCUCUCCGUCCUCCUCUAUGUCAGCGCUCUGGUCCUCUGGCUGCUCUACCAGUUCAGCGAGGAGCUCGGUGGACUGCCCCAGUGGUUCAUGGACAUGAGCUGCAUUGAUGAGCUCUCCUACGACAUGUGUACCUGGGACCAGCGCCUGGCUGUGGCCGUCCUGACAGCCAUCAACCUGCUGGUUUACGUGGCCGACCUGGGGUACUGGGCCCGCCAGGUUUCUGUAGGGACUGAGGGUGUCUCCAGUGCUCCUGAUUCUGGCCAGUCCCAUCCGGUGUCUUCACAGAGUGAAGACAUCCUAUGACAUCCUCUUCCUGCCUCCCCUCUCUCCCUCCUCACAUCCUUCCCCAUUCAUCCCACUCUCUUUAAAAGUUUCCUUCCCUCCUUCUGCUGUGUCUCCUUCUUCUUUUGUUGCCCACAUCCUGUUUUGCCUCUUUCUCUUGCUUCUCUCAUCUUUUUUAUAUUUUUUGUUUUUUGCCCCUUUUCCAUUCAUCCUUGGCUUUCUCAUCUCCUGUGUCCUGACCACCUUCCCCCAUCUUCCUUCUUCUGAUCCAUCAGGACCUGAGACUCCUUCCUUCUCUGCCCACCACCCCCUCCCACCUCCUAAGGUGCUGACUCCACAGCGCACAGCCCUCUGUGCAGCUGUUCACACCCUGAGACUCCGGAGGGGCCUCAUUGACAAAGCAUGUCUGUCCCCUGGCAGUGCCUUACUGGUGUGGCUGGGGGAGUUUACGGGGUGUGGGCGGGUAGGAAGGGAUUGGGCUUUUUUUCUCCCAGUGGAGCAACUGUAUAGCGCACCUCCCCUUUAAGUUAAAAAAAACCUCUGAAGGUCAAUAAUCUCUAGUGGGCAAGAUUCUUGCAUGAGAUACUCUGGGUCCUUUCCCCCACUUGGUGCUCAGUCCUCCAAGAGAUUGGCUGCAGAAUUUUUGCAAGCUCACAAAACAUCCAUUGCUUAGAAGGCAUCUUAGAGGAAGCCAGGGGUAAAUGCCUUCCAUCCCAACUACUUUCUGGGGAAUCAAAAAAAAAAAAGGAACUGGUGAGGAACCCCAGGGUUUGAAGACACCUGUCUGCAGUGUUUGUGAGGGGCAGCGAUGUGGUCCCCCUGACUCAGUGAUCAAAACAACAGGUCCUGCCUCUGCAGGGAGAAGAGCACGGAUGCUGCCAACCUGUCUGGGUGUUUUGUUUUGUUUCUCCUUUUUUUCCUUCUGUUCUGGAAGCCACAAAUUACUGAGUGACUCUGUUCUUCAAGAGAAAGUCUCAAAUUUUCUUGGGCAGCUGGUUUGUAAGGGAUGGGGCUGCUGCUUCCAUUUUCAAAGGAACUGUAUUGUUUGAACGUGAGGGGACACAUACGUGUGUUUUUCUAUGUCAGUUGCUUUUUGAUGUUGCUUCCUGCUUCUCUGGGACUCAGGCAUCAUUUGAACUAUAUAAACGUGCACAAUUUAAAAAGAUUUUCUGAAGCUUCUUAUUCCUGUCAGCACUGACGACAAUCAUAGAGAAUGGCUUUUUCUGUUCUCCCACAUUCAUAAUAACCUUUUCAACCUCAAUAUAAACAUGAAAGAAAAGAAA